GCAAACCUCCGGUGCAAAGUGUUGAUAGUGUCUGAACAAAGAAAAUCCAAUCUCAAGUUAAAAAAUCGUAGCUCUCUCAUAAUGAAGGCUGUCGUAGCGAUCGGACUGCUGAUCCUGGUGAUCGUACAGUGCAUCCUGGCGGGUCCUGUUCCGCAAUUUCUUACCUUCCGUGAUGGGAAGUUUGGCGUCAACUUUGGUGGAUACCACGCGGAAGCCGGCUUAGGUGGCCUGUUGACUGGCAACAGUGCCCAUGGAGGGCUUUCUGCUUCGGCCGGAACGCCACACGGCCAGCAGGCUGGUGCAGGAAUCGGCGGACUGCUCGGCGGCAACGAGCGUACUGCUGGUGGAGCCUACGCAGGAGCAACCGCCGGCCAUGGAGUUGGAGCUAGUGCUGCAAUCGGUGGAGGACUCGAUGGAUACGGUGGAGCCGGAGGAGUCGGAGCGGAGUCACACGCAGGCGGCGUAAGCAAGAAGGUCGUCAAGCUUGGCCAAACCAACCCAGGAGGACAGCCGACAGAGGUGGUGAUUUCGAAAGAGAAGGGAGUGCAUCACGAAGGAAGUUUCGAAAGAAUUGACGAUCACCACCACGUGAAGGAAGUGGCAGACUCUCAUCCAGCUCCUGCACACGGCGUUCGAAAGACGGUCUACAAGAAGAAGGUUAUUGCCCAUCCUCACAAGGUCGCGGUAUUUGAAACGCAUCACGAAGGUCCGCAUCACCAGAUCGACAUAAAUCGGUUCUUCGACUUCCAAACGUUCACCAACUUGGGGGCCCAGUUUGCCCACCCAGCCCCACCACCACCGCCGCCACCUCCGCCACCGCCAGCUCCGAUCGUACAUAAGACGACUCUUCUGAAACAAACAUCCUACCAACCCAUACACGUUCCUUCAUUUCAAAAAGAGGUUCACACCCGUAUUGAUUCGUCGAAUGGACACAGUGGAGGUGGAUCGUCCUCGUCUACCCACGUGGUCGCCAGCUCGACCCACAAUUCCAACUUCUGGAACGACAUUUUCAACAUUCCGAUCUCCACACUGACCGCGGUGAACCAGUUUCUGAACAACAAAGCAGGAAGCGGAACCGUACACGUCGAGAAGCAUGUAGAAGUGCAUUAAAUUGCGAAUCACAUUUGAACGGUAUCUCGAGGAACGAGAAGCAAUAAGUAACCUAUCACAGUGAAUAAAUACACAAAUAAA